AUGGGCCCUUCUCCCACCGCGCCCCCCCCGCUCCCCGUGGCGCCCGACCACGCCGUCCUCGCCAACCGCAUCGCCCUCCUCUUCUCCAAGCAAUCCGCCGUCGGCAAGUCUCUCCUCCACCGGCACCACCAUCCAACGACGACGUCCUCCUCGUCCCGGCAACCACCGCAGCGCCGUACCGCCGCCGCCGACGAACACGACGACGAAAAAGAAGACUUCGUCGCAGCCGCGAACCCAACCGCCGGCGCGGGCUACCUCCCCCCCAAAUCUGCCGCCGCCGACGAUGCCUCCUCCCGCCAGGACCGCGCGCUGCUGAGGAAUCGCCUGCUCGGCCCGAGGGGGAAGCCUGACGGCCCAGGUCGAGGCGGAGGGCGAGCGGCGGCGUCCAACAACGGCAAAAGGGCUGCUGCCGCUCUGUACGACAGCGACAGCGACGAUGACCAGGGCAGGAGUGCACUUGGUAAGAGGAAGCGUCCCGCGAGAGUGGCCGCGCCCGAGACGGCGCCCGAGACGGCGCCCGAGCUGAGCCGGGCCGGGAGCGGAGACGAGGCAGGGCAGGAGAUGCUCGAGGCCGCCCGAGACGAGAAGCCUGACAAUCAAGUUCAGGAUGACGUGACGGGGCGGCGGAAAAACAAGAAAAAGAAAAAGAAGAAAAAGGGCAGCGAGUCGCUCUAA